AUGUUGGAUCUAGAAGUAGUUCCGGAACGGUCUCUAGGCUGUGAUAACUGGGAGUUUAUUCUCGGUAUGCAUUUUUCCCAAGCAGUCGCCAUAAUCCAAUCACAGGUUGGGGUCAUUAAAGGGGUGCAGGUUCUGUACUCCGAUACGACUCCACUUAACGUGGAUAUUGUUAUUAAUCUGCCUCAGGAUGGCAUUCGCCUUAUUUUCGAUCCUGUGCAGCAACGCCUCAAGGCGAUCGAGGUGUUCAACAUGAAGCUAGUUAAACUGAAAUACUACGGACUACCGUUUAACUCGCCCGAAGUGGUGCCUUCCAUCGAAGAAAUUGAGCACUCGUUCGGAGCCACUCAUCCCGGAGUCUACGAUGCUUCCAAGCAGUUAUUUGCUCUGCAUUUCCGCGGCUUGAGCUUUUACUUUCCCGUUGACAGUAAACUGCAACCGGGAUAUGCCCACGGCUUAGGAUCGCUUCAUUUCCCCAGUGGAGCUUCUCCGAUAGUUUCCAAAAUGGCAAUUUACUGCGGGGGCAGCGUGACCGAGAGCCGGCCUCCGCCACUUCCGUUGUCCUGCUACAAUCAGCAACUGUACUUGGAAUCUGCAACGGUCCUGCGAAACUGUGCUGGUACCCGUGGCUUGAGACUACAGCUGUAUACGGAAGGAUCACCACGCGCUUUGGAGCCCAGGAAGCAAUGCUUAACGCGUGAAGUCAUCUUCGGAGACAGCUGCCAAGACGUGGUCAGCAAUUUGGGGGCUCCUUCCAG